AUGGCUGUUUUAACAGAAGAAAGCUUGGACAUAAAUGAAGCUGUGGAAGAAGGGAUAAACAAGUUCAACAUGGAGGAAAAAUUACCUUCGUUUUUCCUAACAGUGCUUGAUAGAGCAGAAUACCUUAUCUGCAAUGACAGCAGAAAUGUAAGUGGAAUACAAACCCUUCUUGUUGUUCUUGAUCAAACUAUAAGUUUGUUAAGGUUAAUACUGUAGGAGGUUAAUGAAGAUGACCAACAACAAUAGGAGUUGCUCGCCGGCUGCUUUGAAACUAUCUCACAAAAUUUGCAGCAACACACUAUCUAACUGUCAUUGAGGCUGACAAAUGUAACCUAACUCAGAUGUAAUAUUAGUCAAACAGGAAGACCUGAUAGACCUUCAUUCCUACUUCAACCAGAAAUGAAGAUCUCGUGGAGCUAGACUUCUCAAAACAAAGAAUUGCCAGAUUGUUAGGCAUCUCUAGGUGGACUAUUCACAGAAGGAUAUCAUGUGAGUGCAUUCCAGUGAUAUAUCUGACACAGAAAUGGAUGAGAAAAUUAGAGAUUAUAUUAAUCGUCAUGGAAGAACCACUGAACAGGUUUUUCUAUUACGUUAUCUCCGUUCCCUUAGAAUUCAUGUGCCAAGGAGACGAAUCUGUGCAAGUAUGACAAGAGUUGACCCAGUCAAUGUUGCAUUAAGGUAGGGUGCUGCUGUUUACUGUAGACACUACCAGGUGCCAUGGGCCAAUUCCCUGUGGCAUUUAGAUGAACAUCACUUGCUAAUAAGGUGGAGCCUGGUCAUACAUGGAUGCAUUGAUGACUUUUCGAGAAGAAGAGUUUUUCUGUAUUGCAGUGCAAAUGAUCUUGCAAGUGUUGUCCUCAAUUUGUUUCUUAGUGCUAUUGAAAGGGAUGGAGGAGUUUGCCUUCGCGUGUUCGAGUAGAUCACAGAGACAGAUUUUCGUUCGUUGGGGUGGAUAAAUAUCUGGGGGGUGCUGCUGCUUGCUUUGGUCGGGGCGUGGUGGCAACGCCCGGAAAGGCCAAGGAAAAAGUUUAACAAAAUUUGUUUUCUAGGCCUGCAUGGCGAGAUCUGAGACCAUAAUAUUGGUAAUUUUACAAAUUUAGUAGUAAGAAUAAUCGAAUAUGAAACUAUCAAAUCAAAAUAUAUGUAUAAUUUGCAGGGGUGCCAAAUGCCUUUGGGGGAGGGGGGGGGUGCAAAUCAUUUCUGGGGGUGUGUGCACCCCCCCCCUCCCCUGCACCCCCCUCCCCUGCACCCCCCCCCCUCAGAAAAUCCGUGCCUGGUAGAUCAUGGUGUGGAGAAUGUUCUGGUUUGCGAUGCAAUGGAAAAUAGGGGAGAAGGUCGGGGAAGUUUGAUAGCUGGGCCAUCAGCACAUAACCAGAGAAUCGAACGGCUUUGGUGGGAUGUGUUUUGCUGUGUCUGCCACUAUUAAUAUUAUAUAUUUUAUGCCAUGGAAGAUUCUGGAAUUCUUGACACCAGGAAUUCUCUUCAUUCUCUUCACAUGUUUGCCUUACAUCUGGUAUUUCUCCCCAGAAUCAAUCUAGCUCUUUAGGAAUACCUAGAAGCAUUUAAUCAUCAUAAAAUACAAACUGCAUGGAAUUGGUCACCAUAUCAGAUGUGGGUAAAUAACAUGAUGAAUCCAGAUAACCUUUUAUCAAGUGGGCAACAUGGACAACAUACCAGAGAAUGUGGAGUUUUAUGGGUAUGAUCCCCAUGGAUCAUCCCCAUUUGAAGACAGUAACAAUAAUGUUGUACAACCAGUAAACAUUGCAAAUGGGAAUGAGGUUCAAGCAGAGAUUUUGCAAGUUAUCGAUCCAUUGAUGCCCUCUGUGCAAAUGGGCAUUGAUAUUCAUGAAGAGGUUUUAAGGCUGUCAGUUAAUUAUGCACACACAGAGCAGUAA